AUGGCGCACGGCCGAAAUGCAGGGGCCCAUCCAUAUCGACGCCCCCACCUCGGCUGCUGCAAGAGGGACCCUUGGGCUGAGGAGCAAUCGUCAGCGUCCAGAUGGGCCUAUCAGCCCUGUGAGCCGCGCUUCCAGGGCUUCACAGCGAAGGAGUGGCGCGAUUGGGUCUUAGAGCCCGACGGGUCGACCUGGUGCGAGAACAAGAGGUACGAGGCAGAUUGCCUGGUGAAUUGGAUGGUUGGGCGCUGGGGGUUGGAGCACCUCCGGAGCGGCAGGGUGCUGGAUGUGGGUGGGGAGCCGGGGUUCUUGGCAGCAGCGCUGCUGUCUCAGGGCAUCUCCGCCACAGUUGUGGACCCUACCUGGGGCAUGACCGGCAAGGACCACUGGGCCAACGACUGCAAGUCCGCAGCGCAGUUCGGCGCAUGCCUGGAAGUCUUUCGCCGCAAUUUCGACAUGCAGUUCCUGGCCGAGCACCGGGACCUUGUGCAGGGGGCAAGCGCGGUAGUGUCACUGUAUGGCGAUGAGGCCACGGCGCCCACUGUGGCCUUUGCAUCACGCACAAAGAAGCCUUGUGCCAUCAUCCCCUGCAAUGAGUGCGUCCACUUCUAUCCGGAGUACGACCAAACCUACGAGGGAUAUUGUGAGGCGUUGCUGCAGAGCGCCUGGUGGCAGGGCGGGUCUUUGGAGCUGGUCCUUUUGGAAGGAGGGAACCGAGGCCUUGCCAGCGACACUCUGCGCCUGCGGCGGCGGGUGCAGGCGGCCGUCGCUUUGGACCUGCUGCCCGGAGAAAUCCGGACGGAGAGGCUAGCUGCUCCCUACGCCAAAGUGCUAGGGCACCCUAUGGAUGCCACCAACUUCUUGACGGUUUCCGAGCAGCUCAUGUCAAACAGCAACUUCGUUCUGGCGCUUCAUGCUGGGGCGAUCUGGUUUUACCACUGCUUUCUGCGGGACCACCUCACAGCUCGGCAUGUGACACGCAUCUACCUGGACAGGCCAUGGAGCGAGAUUCCAGAAGCGCUGGACUCCAAAGGAACCAUCGUGGCGACCGUGGAGACGGGCCCCUGGCAAAGGCGCAUGGAGCUCAGCGCUUGCAAGGGCUCCCCGCACGCCGUCUCUUUGCGGCAACUGUUUUCCACCGGAGCUUUGCACCUGGACCGAGAUUUGGGUGACGUCACGAACAAGGAAGCCCUGGAUCUUCUCUGUGCCCGCGACCUCUUCCCCAUCUCUGAGGAUAUCUCCGUGAACGGCAGUGCCAAGACAGCUGCAUUCAUUGGCCUCCAGCAGCCCUCGGCCCUAGUGGCCGAAGACUCAGAAGGCACGCUGAAUUGGCUGGAGGCCUUGCCGCCAGCAUUGAAAAAGCCCCUACAAUGGCCUGGCCGAGCAUUCUGUACCUACUUUGGCCUGCUUUGCUUGGCCAUGGGCAUCACCUCAGUUCUUGUGUGGCUGCCGUCCAACACCCUGCCUGGAGUGGCCCACCGCCGCAGCUUCCUGGUUUGCAGCUGGGCUUGA